AUGGCCGAUUCGAAGGUAGAGACCAUCUCCCGACUAGCUCAGUGGAAAAUCGAGAACUUUGGCCCUUGCUCUUACAAAAAAUCCGAUCCUUUCAAGGUCGGAAUCUGGAACUGGCACUUGUCAAUAGAGAAAAAUCGGUACUUGUACAUUCGUUUAUUUCCAGAGUCGUCUCGAGCUUGCAAAGAGCAGCCUCCUAGUCCUAUCGCUAGAUUUGUUCUCCGUGUCUCAAAUGCUGGUGCUAAUAAUCGCAGGCCUUAUAUCUCUCCAGUUCAUGAGAGAUUGCUCCGGACAAGUGAGGACUUUGUAUGGCCUGUUGAUUCUGCUUUUCAUGGUCGCUUCAUCAUUGAUGUUGAGUUUCUAGACCUUAAAAUCUGCCCUCUAAAUGGUGGGGAACCCAGCUCCAUAUGGCCAAGUGACGGAAUGAUGCAGUCUGUAUCAACUCGAGGCACACUUCGCUGUCUCUCUCGCAUGCUGGAUGAGGCCAUCCAUUCUGACGUUACCAUCCAUACUGCUGAUGGCACACUCAGUGCUCACAAGGCAAUUCUUUCUGCAAGUUCGCCUGUUUUCCAGAGCAUGUUCCAUCACAACCUCAAGGAAAAGGAGUCCUCCACAAUCUACAUAGAAGAUAUGACCAUGGAAUCUUGCAUGACUCUUUUAAGUUACUUGUAUGGAACCAUCAAGCAAGAGGAUUUUUGGAAGCACCGUGUAUCACUGCUGGGGGCGGCGAACAAAUAUGACAUUGCAGCCCUCAAGGAUGCUUGUGAGGAUAGCCUUUUGGAAGACAUCAAUACCAUGAAUGUCCUUGAGAGGCUGCAAGAGGCCUGGCUUUACCAGUUGAACAAGCUGAAGAAAGGAUGCUUGACUUACUUGUUUGACUUUGGAAAAAUAUAUGAUGUUAGAGAUGAAAUCAGCAACUUUUUCAGGCAGGCUGACAGGGAAUUGAUGGUAGAAAUGUUUCAAGAGGUGCUUACAGUUUGGAAACCUGUAUAA